UGCGGCGGUGAGGCAGGGUAUCGUUGACAUGAUGGAAAGAGCUCUCAGUGAGCCGGAGGUGAAAUCUGUGGUCAUCUGUGGUCAGAACGGGAAGUUCAGUGGAGGUGCAGACAUCAAAGAGUUUGGGUCAAACAUGCGCGGCCCGUCUCUGAUACCAAUGAUCGAUCGAAUGGAGUCAUCAUCCAAACCGGUGGUGGCAGCCAUCGAGGGGAUCGCUUUAGGCGGGGGCCUUGAGUUGGCGCUCGCUUGUCACUAUCGUAUCGCGCACUCUAAGGCCAAACUAGGACUACCAGAGGUGAAGCUGGGUCUGCUACCGGGUGCUGGAGGAACCCAACGCCUACCGAGGCUCAUCGGUAUCCCAGCUGCCUUAGAGCUCAUCACAACAGGUCGCCAUGUGACGGCUGCCGAGGCCCUGCAGCUUGGAAUAGUAGACGAGGUCACCGAUCACAACGCUCUGGAUGCAGCUGUCAAGCUUGCGUUGAGUGUUGCAGGUAAAUCACUGGAUUCGCGGCGUAUAAGCACCUAUCCGUGCCCACGCCCCCCUGAUGCAGACGCCCUCUUUGAAACGGCGAUGCAGCAGGCGCGGCAGCAUGCCCGUGGAGCCAUCGCGCCCCUUGCAUGUGUCCAGGCGGUUCAGGCCGCUGCCACGCUGCCAUACAGCCRUGGCAUGGAGCGGGAGAGAGAUCUGUUCAAGGUGCUCUUCACUUCAGGCCAGGCCCGCGCUCUGCAGUACUCUUUCUUUGCUCAGAGAGCCGUGGACAGGUGGAGCACGCCCAGUGGUGCCCGCUGGGACACGAGCAAGCCCAGACCUGURCACAGAGCAGCUGUCAUUGGGCUUGGCACCAUGGGACGUGGUAUAACUGUGGCCCUUGCUCAGGCUGGGUUGUCUGUAGUUGYGGUGGAAACCAAUGAGAAGCAGCUAACAGAGGCAAAGCAGGCGGUGUCGGACAUGUUGGCGCGAGGAGCUAAGAGACGCGGGGUCCCKCCGGCACUCGAUAAAGUCCUUUACAGCCAUAASCUCCAGGCCGUGGCRGAUGCUGACCUGGUCAUYGAAGCCGUAUUCGAGGACAUGGCUUUGAAGAAGGUCAUUUUCCAGCAGCUGGCGGCCAUGUGUAAACCAGGCACGCUCCUCUGCACUAACACCUCUGGGUUAGACAUCGAUGAGCUGGCUGCCCAAACCCCAAACCCAGAGCUGGUGGUAGGAAUGCACUUCUUUGCUCCAGCUCAUGUGAUGAAGCUCCUGGAGGUGGUGUACGGGCGAAAGUCGUCCCCUCAAGCUUUGGCCACYGCCAUGCAGAUCGGGAAGAAAAUGGAGAAGGUCGGCGUGGCCGUCGGGAACUGCCGCGGCUUUGUGGGGAACCGCAUGCUGAAGUCCUACCUGGACCAAGCCUUCUUCCUGUUGGAGGAGGGAGCCACGCCYGAGCUGGUAGAUAAAGUGCUGGAGGAGUUUGGCUUCGCCAUGGGGGUGUUCCGAAUGUCGGACCUGUCUGGGCUCGAUGUAGGUUGGAGGGUCAGGCAGGCACGUGGGCUGGUGACGCCCGGAGCUUCAACAGGACCGUCCGCUAGAGUCCGCGAAGGCCACAGGUACAGCCCGCUGGGAGACCUGCUCUGUGAGCUUGGAAGGUUUGGCCAGAAAACGGGGAAAGGAUGGUACCAAUAUGACAAACCCGGUGGUCGAGUUGCUAAGCCCGAUCCUUGGAUUCACCUCUUUCUGGAGGAGUWCCGAGCCCAGCAUGGCUUGGUGGCGCGCCGCAUCGAUCACCAAGAGGUGCUGGAUCGCUGUCUUUACGCUCUCAUAAACGAGGGUUUCCACAUUCUCGAGGAUGGAAUAGCUGCAGGGCCUGAAGACAUCGACGUCAUCUAUGUGCUUGGUUAUGGCUGGCCCCCUCAUYGCGGGGGUCCCAUGUUCUACGCCGGAAUGGUGGGUCUGAAUAAGGUCCUGGAGAGGCUGGAGCACUACCACCAGCUGCACCCCGAUGUUCCCAGCCUGCAGCCCUGCAGCCUSCUCAGAAAGCUUGUGGCCAGUGGCAGCCCACCUAUCCACAAAUGGAGGGAGGUCAUCAAGAGACCCCACAGCCAGCUUUAAUAUCGCCCACACAAAUCAACCAAAUACUUCCUAAUCCAAUAAAACUGAGUCAUUGAUUCACGUAUUAUGACUGUGAUGGCUGUAUGUAUAUGCAGGAGAUAAACCAAACCAUAAAAAUCUUAGUCACAAACAUUUUCUUUAAAUCAGCCACUUAAAUUACAGUUUAUGUAAGAAGAAACGCUAAUCAAACAUUUCUACAUGUAGUGAUGAUAGCAACAACACAUUAGGAGCAUAUGAAAUGUGCAAAGGCGAAUUGAACAAGAAUGUAAUUGGCUCCGUUUCCACAUCCCAGCAUUUAGAAGUGUGGAGCCAGUAAUUUGAAUAGAGGUUGACAGUAAUUGGAGUAAAUUGUUGAGGUGGUAAAAGUUACAGCUGCAGCCUCAGCAGAAAGAGAAAAAAAAACGUUUAAGUGGAUGGCCGCAGGAAAUAACUGACCUCCCGUGAUGUUUUUCAGUCAAUGAGCUCAAAUCUACGAUGAGGAAAGAGACUUUGAGCAUCGUGGAAAGAUGUUUCAAGAAUAUCUGAACAUGAUUGGCUUUGCAGUCGUUCAUGUUUUACACAAACGUUAUUCUGGAUGAAAGUAAAUUGUGCUCGUUGGUCUGUCGAAAAGACUGCAUAAACACCCGCCUCUAAAGAUGCGAGCUGAUCGUUUUGCAUUACGGCUGCAAUUAUUUCUCCUGCCUCUAGCCUUUGGAAACAACAGAGGUGCAAUAAAGUACUUUAAAUAAACCAAAUUAAUCAAAAUAACAGCAACAUAAAAUAUGAAUGUAAAAGAACAAUUUAGACAUUUACAACUUGUAUAUAAGCUAAUUUUUCAUCAUACUGACAGCUUUAUGCACAAGUCUUUAAUGAUGUGGUGCUUUACUGAAAAAAAUAAAAUAAAAAAAGCAAUAAAAUCUGCAUAAGAAUGUACAAAUAUUGACUGUGGAGGAGUCCAGGAGCUUAAUUGUGCCAAAAGAUUUAUAAUGUGUUUUUUUUUUACAUUUUUCUGUAUUAAUGUUUUAUAUAACACUAUCUGUUGUGCAUUAUAAUCAGAUCCUUGAAUAAAAAAAACUUUAAAGUAA